GCCUCGGCGAAGGGACCUGAAUCGCUGACCCAAGCGGGAGGUGGCGGCGGCCAUGGCGGCCGAUGGAGAGCGUUCUCCUCUCCUGUCCGAGCCCAUCGACAGUGGCGCUGGCGGCAACGGUUUAGUAGGGCCGGGCGGUAGUGGGGCUGGGCCCGGGGGAGGCCUGACCCCCUCCGCACCACCGUAUGGAGCGGGUAAACAUGCCCCGCCCCAGGCAUUUCCUCCGUUCCCUGAGGGGCAUCCAGCAGUGUUGCCUGGGGAUGACCCGCCCCCCUACUCACCCCUGACUAGCCCGGAGAGUGGAAGUCCCCCCAUGAUUCCCUGCCGAGUCUGUCAAUCUCUGAUCAAUGUGGAAGGCAAGAUGCAUCAGCACGUAGUCAAAUGUGGUGUCUGCAAUGAAGCCACUCCAAUCAAGAAUGCACCCCCAGGGAAGAAAUAUGUUCGAUGCCCCUGUAACUGUCUCCUUAUCUGCAAAGUGACUUCCCAGCGGAUUGCCUGCCCAAGGCCCUACUGCAAAAGAAUCAUCAACCUGGGACCUGUGCACCCAGGACCUCUGAGUCCAGAACCACAGCCAAUGGGUGUCAGGGUCAUCUGUGGACAUUGCAAAAAUAGUUUUCUGUGGACAGAAUUCACAGACCGGACUUUGGCACGCUGUCCUCACUGCAGGAAAGUGUCAUCUAUUGGACGCAGAUAUCCUCGGAAGAGAUGUAUCUGCUGUUUUCUGCUUGGUUUACUCUUGGCAAUAACUGCCACUGGCCUUGCUUUUGGUACCUGGAAGUAUGCACGACGAUAUGGAGGUAUCUAUGCAGCCUGGGCAUUUGUCAUUCUGUUGGCUGUGUUGUGUUUGGGCCGGGCCCUGUAUUGGGCCUGUAUGAAGGUCAGCCACCCUGUCCAGAACUACUCCUGAGCCCCUGGAUCCAGACUGUGCCUAGCCCCUCCCUGGUGGCCACCAUGACACUAAAAAGGGAGCUGGGGUAAAAGUCUCCUUAGGCUUCAACAGCAAAGCCAAGCAACUGCCUUCCUUUUCCCUGGGAAGUAGGAAGGAACCAGCCCUUCACCUAGGGUGAAGGUAGUUAUGACCACUGCUGGCUGGCUGCUUUCCUGCAAGGGUUGCUAUGUUUAGGGUGAAGUAGGUAAAACAUCACCUCUAAACAUGGUUCCCCAAGAUGGUUCUAGCCUUGUCCUGAUAUGCUCCUGGAGAACCAUUUCUGUCCCUUACACAUUCCAGGGCAGGGUGGGGAUGGGUAACCCUAGGGACAGGGGUCCUCCUCCCCCUGUGCACCAUUAGGACCUUGCUGCUGCUAUUGCACUUCAUCAGGGGCUGACUCUGGCCUCAGUACCCUUAGUCUCCUCUCCCCACAUUCCGAGCCCUGUGGGUAGAGUCAGUCGCUGCUCUGUACAGAACUAUAGUACUGAUGUAUAUAUAACUAUUUAAUGUGGGGUAUGUUCCCCUAGUGCUAUAUGUCCCUUCAUUCCUUCUUCCAACCUUCCUUACCUCCAGUUGCAGUACUAAACUGGGCUGGGUAGGGUUGCUGUGUCUUGAGGGAGGUUAGGGAACUCAUCUUGUGCUUGUAAAUAAAUAGUCACUACUAUAA